AUGUCAGCAAGUUAUAGCAUUUCAUCUUCAACUGAUCAUUCAAACUCAAACUCAACUCCCAUCAAAUCUAACUUCAUUCAUCAUCAAAAUUCUUUAGCACUUCCUGGUACUUCAUGGAAACCCAACUCUUUAAAUCAUUCAUCUCAUCAACAAAGUAAAGUCAUCCUUCAAUCUUUCAUCUCUCUCAAUCCUCAUCUCAUUCAGCUUUUGAUUGAGUGUUUAGUGAAUUCAAAAUAUAAUCAACAUCAUCAACAACAACUUCAUUCAACAGAACCUACUCCACCAGAUGAUAGACCAAUGGCUUCAGGUAGUGGAACAGCAGGAACAGCAGCAGCAGCCAGUACCACAAACCAUUCAACAGAUUUCGAUACCAUUAAUGAUGCAGUAGGAAUCUCAGGUGUGGAUAUAGCCGCUGAAGAAGAACUUGCAAGACAACAAACUUCUUUGUAUGGUAGAGGUCUUAAUAGAUCAUCUACUUCUUCUCAUUCUCAUUCGAUUCAAUCUUACCCACCUUUAUGGAAUUCUACCACUCAUCAACGAGAUCGAGUGAAGAUUACGGAUUUUUUAAACAAAGGACAAUUAACUUCAAUGGUACAACAGAUUGCUGCUUCGUAUCAAUUAAAAACACUUGAACCGGCAAUCUUAGAUGUUUUAACUCAAGCUGCAGAACAAAGACUUCAUUCGAUCAUCAUCGAUUCAAUCUCAGCCAAAGACCAUCG